AUGGGUAGCACCGGCUAUUACAUCGAGUCGCUGCGGGAUGCGAGCAGCAACGACAAGGAAGAUAUGAAUAUGGGUACAGAACAGCAAGGCGGUAACUUAUCGAUUCCGGGUGGUAGGGCGCCAGGCGCAUAUGGACGACCACGCGCGGAAACCUUCUCGUUCUUUCCAUCGAAAAUGGUCUCGGACCCAGCACAGAUGUCGACACCAAGCCGAACUGCGAAAAGCGCUGCGCCGAUGAGCAUACGAAACAGGUCGGGAUCCCUAUCUCUUCCGAGAUCUAACAUCUCAGGCGCGUUUGGACCAUCUCUGUUCGCUACAUCUUGGCAGCCGGCCAGUAUCCUCGCCACUUUGGGAGAGCGUACAUUGGUCGGGCACUCUGACUAUGCUAGCAGUGCGGGCGGAGAAGACGAGACAACGGCAGUUGCGCGAACCUUAGAUUACCUUGGAUUGGACGACCCAGUCUUGGAUGGAUCAAGGAACGGCUACGUUGGUCGUGACAUCGGAAACACUGUCUCAUCUUUCAACCGAGCAAGGUCCUACUCCGUGGCCGUCGGCGAGAAGAUGCUUUUGCCUUCGGCUAUGGCGGCGGCUUCAUCCGGUUAUCGGCCAAGGGCCACGUCUAUCGCAUUCAUGGAGACGACGGUCGAUAGCGAUAUCGAGGCCAUCAGGCGCAGUCUUGCGCGUGGCGACCUGGAACUGGAGAUGGAAAGCCCGGCUUCUGAUCUGAAUGUGGAUGGGGCGCUGUACAACAUCGGACAUAGCCCCCAAGAUUAUGCACCUUACGGCAUCGACAGGGCUCUGAGCGAAUCGCCUCUUCGUCAAAACGUCGAUCUCCCUCACGCUCACCAAGUCCCAACCCGCUCCCUCUGGAUAGGCAAUAUCGACCCCACCCUUUCCCCAUCCGACCUGUUGACAUUGUUCUCUCCAUUCGGGCCCAUCGAGUCACUUCGUAUUCUACCUGACAAAGAGUGCGCUUUCGUCAACUACGUGCGCAUGGAAGACGCGGUCGCUGCAAGGGAUGAGAUGCAAGGCGGACGUGUUGGCAACUGUGUUGUUCGUAUUGGAUAUGGCAAGGCGGAAGCGAUUAAUGACACGCAGGGGAUGCAGCCGACAAAAUCUUUGUGGGUCGGCAAUAUCGCUCCGUCUAUGGAUCCAGCUGAGCUUGAGGCGAUGUUUGCUGUCUUUGGUCCCGUCGAGUCUGCCCGCGUCCUGACACACAAGAACUGUGGGUUCGUAAACUUCGUCCGACUCGAAGACGCCAUGGAAGCACGCCGCCGUAUGAACGGAAACGAUGUCGGAGGCGCCGUUAUCAAGAUCGGCUACGCCAAGGUUCCGCCCAAAGGCUCCGAGCCACUCGGUUUCGGUCCAUCAAGCGCAACCCAUAUUUUCCACGGCACAUCCCCCACCCGCGACCGACCCAACUCGUCCGCUGGCAGGAUGCCCUCCUACCAACCAGCGCCCGGUUAUGUGCUUGGAACGACGCUCCAGCAGAACUACGCAUCCAACCGCAACUCAACGGGUAACCAUUCGGUGUCGUCUGCGCAAGGGUAUCCGCAUGAUGUGCGGCACAGUUCCACGUCACCGCUUUCGGGACGGUUUAGCACGGCUGGGCAGAAUGGGAAUGGGGCUUAUUUGAAGGAUUCUUCUGUCACUUUGGGGUCGAGGUCGCCGGUUAGGAAGAACUCGGUGGGCGGGGAGGAAGCCUUGGAUAGUCUGUGGAAGGAUGUUGCGAGUUCAGAGACAUAUGCGCAAGCGAUACCACCUGUCCCGGAACCGAAAGCUAACCGACGGGUCGAUCAGAUGCGUUUGCGCGAACUGCGGAAACGAUUGGAGGGACAUCCGAGUGUCAAGGAUGUUGAGUCUUACUUCAAUGAGGUUGUGGAUGAUACCGUGGACCUCUGUACAGACUACAUCGGAAACGUGGUGAUCCAGAAGCUCAUCGAAAAAACCUCCGACGCACACCGCCUCCGUCUCAUCGAAGCCAUCGCGCCACAUAUGCCCGCAAUCGGGAUCCACAAGAACGGCACCUGGGUGGUCCAAAAGAUCAUCGACUACGCCAAAACCGGCGCUCAAAUCGAAGCCAUCGUCAACGCGCUCAAAGCGUUUACGCCACCAUUACUCCUCGACCAAUUUGGAAACUACGUCGUUCAGUGCUGUUUACCGCUCGGAACCUUGCGAAACCAGUUUGUCUUCAACGCCAUGCAUGCCAAGUGUAUUGAGAUUGGGCAGGGCCGCUUUGGAGCCCGUGCUAUGAGGGCGUGUCUGGAGAGUCAGUUUACGACGAAACGGCAGCAGAAGUUUGUCGCAGAGGCGAUUGUGCAUAAUGUCAUUCAGCUCGUGACGAACCCGAAUGGGGCGAUUCUCGUCACGUGGUUGUUGGAUGCUAGCGGGUUGCCGGGGAGGUACUCGGCUAUGGCGCCGAAGCUCGCUAUGCAUAUUAUUGCCCUGUGUACGCACAAACUGGCUAGUGCUACGAUCUUGAAGCUUGUUACUCAACGAGUCGAACCGGAAGCCCGCGAGCACGUAGUGCAAGAAAUCUUCUACCGCGAAGACCCCGGUAGCCCACACCCUUCAAACCUGCAACAGAUCCUCUCCGACCAAAUCCACGGCGUAUCGGUGAUCCAGAAAAUCCUCGCUUCCGGCUGCACUUCCGCCGACGAGAAGACACGCUUCGCCGACUGCGUGCGAAACGUGCUUGCGACCAUGCCGGAGGUGCGCGAGAGUCAGAUGGGCUACAAGCGGCUGCUUGAUGAGCUGAUGGUCAUUCCGUCCAACCUUCCUCCGGAUGCCGGUGUGGCUGCGAACCUUGGGCGGGCUGCGGGUGGUGCCGCUGGUUACAGCGUGAAGACGUACAACGUGUCUCGACCCCAGGACGAUGAAGUCGUGAGUCCCCUUGUACCACAGACGGGCGGAGGCGGAUAUCCGUUCGGACAAGUCGCGCCUUCAGCGUCCACCGCUACUUCCAGCAAUGGGCACGGUCACCACCAACAACACCACCAUCACCACCCUGCCCCCUCGACGCCCUCCCACGGCUGGUACUCCAGCCCGUCCCAACUGCCCACACCCAGCAACUCCCCCCAACCCGGGAUGUACGGCAUGCCCCUUUCGCCCUACGGCAACAUCUACGGCGGCGGACCCUUCCAACAACCCUUCGGCGGCGGACCAGCUUACAUGAAUAGCUACCCACCCAGCCCCGCCCACCCCUCCACCCACCAACAACAUUUCGGGAUCAUACCCCACCCCAUGCAGAUGAACGGCGAGAUGCCCCCGCCGCCACCCUCCCAGCCCAGGUUCUAUUCCUCCCCAUCGCAACACCAACACCAACAACAUCAAACGCAUCCAGGGUCGCCAGCCCCUGCGGACUUGUCCGCUGGCGAUUCGGAGCAUUUGGACAUGUGA